AUGACGGCGCCCUCGUCACAUACACAGGCUGGCACUCGUGUGACUGUCUUCCUACAUGUCAACUCUCACAAAGGCGCCCAAUCCACCGGUCCAACUUCUCGCACUCUGAUUAUCCCGGAACGCGAGCCUGUAUUGAUUGGCCGCGCCAGUCUCACCAAGAACAGAGAGCCUGCUAUCGACAACGCCCUCUUCACUUGCCCAGUCAUGUCGAGAUCUCACGCUACCCUCUCGAUGCCACAAGGCCCUUAUGGUCCCAUCAUCCUCGAAGACACUGACUCCAUGCAUGGUGUCUAUGUCAAUGGCAACAAGAUUUCUCGCACUGAAAUCAAGCCCUCGGACGACAUCAUCUUCGGAAGCAAGGUCACUCGUGCCGAAGGUACUCACGACGGUGUCAGACUCACCAUGAACAACAUCAGCCGCGAGGGUGCCACCUUCAGCAACCCCAUCGAUCUGUCUGGAACCACCAAGACUAUGCCUCCCGCUUCAUAUCGUGUUCCUGGUUACGAGACCGAUUCUUCAAGGGACGACAGCAUCAACACCACCUUUGAACAGCCCGCCGUUGUCGAGUACAUCGAUCUCGACCCUGUCUCCUCUCCUGCCCGCUCCCAUGGCUUCGUGGAAUCUGAAGAUGAAUUUGAAACACAAGUCUACUACAACGGCGCCGACUCUGAUUCCGAGUUCGACAGCGAUGACGAGGCCAACGACUACCCUGAGAAUCCUGAUGAAUUCGAUGAUGAUGAUGAGCAGAGUCUUGCUAGCUUAGAUGGCAGUCGUUCUCGCGGUUCUUCUCUGGCAUGGGAGGGAGAGAUUACGCAGAGAGAUCAAGUAGACUCUGAACUUUACGAAGUCUUCGGAUCCCAUAAAGAGCCGGAGACCGCAGCAACCCGCGUCGACGAGACCGCUCCUCCUAAGGCCACAUACAUUCAGGGUGAAGAGAAGGAGAAGGCUCGCGAGACAGCCGAGAUCAUGUCGCUGCCCUGGAUCCUCGAACCUUCCGACCGCUGGAACACAUCUGCCGUUACACUUACACCAAACUCUAUCAUGCCCAAGGUACCUUCAACCUCCAUUGGUAAGGUCGCCGAACUUCCUCCCAUCUCAGAAGGCAAGAAGGAUGUAAGUCAUGCUGGAGCCGCUGGUGCUCAAGAUACAGACAAGGAUAUCGAGGACCAGGACACAUCUCUGAAGGGUCAACAAACCAGCAGCAAGAUUGACAAGAUCGAAGACUCCAAGACUAUUGAGGAGAAAGAGGUCGCCGUUCCAACAGCAAAUGAACUAUUUGCCAAGGUGGACUCUCCCACUGGAAGCAAACGUAAGCGUGACAUCGAGGACGAUGGACACGAAGACGUCCCUGCUCCUUCCACUGAACGCAAGUUGCUCAAGUUGAAGUUCAACAAGCAGCAAAUCCUCAAGGACUUCUUCAAGGGACGAACCCAGGCCACAUCUCGACCCGCCAAACGUGCAAAGCCUUCACCCGCUAGAUUCGCCCUGGGCGCAUUCGCUGGCGCUAUCGGUGGUGUCGCUACUGUGGUCGGUGUGCUCAUGACUCCCCAGUGCGAGCAGUUGCUGGCUAAUUGGCCAAUCUCAUGA